AUGAGAGCAGGAGGUUGUGCAGUGCAACAAGCUCUAACAUCAGAGGCUGCCGGAACUGUAAAACAAGCGGUGGCGCUAGCUAAGCAGCGUGGUCAUGCACAGGUGACGCCCCUGCAUGUAGCCAACACCAUGCUAGCGGCCACCACCGGUUUGCUCCGAACAGCCUGCCUUCAGUCCCAUUCACACCCUCUCCGGUGCAAUGCCCUCGAGCUUUGCUUCAACGUUGCGCUCAACCGCCUCCCAGCGUCUUCUAGCCCUAUUUUACGCCAUCAUCAUUCGCAAUUUCCCUCAAUUUCAAACGCGCUAGUUGCAGCCUUCAAGCGCGCACAAGCGCACCAGAGACGUGGCUCCAUCGAAAAUCAGCAGCAGCCUAUUCUUUCUGUGAAAGUAGAGUUAUCCCACCUCAUAAUUUCCAUUUUGGAUGAUCCUAGUGUUAGUAGAGUCAUGAGAGAAGCUGGUUUUUCAAGUACUCAAGUGAAAAGAAAUGUAGAGAAAGCUGUUUCUUCAAGCAAUAAAUCCAAAGAAAAUAGCCUGUUAUCCCUGUCCCCAUCCCCAUGCCCAUCACCUCCUACUAGUGAUCAAACUAGAGGAAACAAUAGCAAGCCAACUACAUAUGAAUCAGUUAAAAAUGAAGAUAUAAACGGCGUAAUCAACAGUUUAUUGAACAAGAAAAGAAAAAGUAUUGUGAUAGUCGGUGAGUAUGUUUCUGAUAUAGAAACUGUAGUUAAAGGAGUAAUGAAUAGGGUUAAAAAAGGAGAAAUUCCUGAGGAUUUGAGGGAAGUAGAACUCAGAAGUAUCCCACCUUAUUCAUUCUGCAAUCUUCAUAGAGAAGAAGUUGAAAAUAAAAUGACAGAAUUAACCUGUCUUCUGAAGAGUACGGUGGCAAAAGGUGUUGUUUUGUAUUUAGGAGACCUCAAGUGGAUUCUUGAUAAUAGAGUUAGUUCUGGUAUUUACUGUCCCGUAGAGCACAUGAUCAUGGAGCUUGGGAGAUUGGUUCAUGGAAUUGGAGAUAUGGGAAGGUUUUGGCUUAUGGGAAUUGCUACUUUUCAGACUUAUAGGAGGUGUACAACAGGCCAUAAUUCACUUGAAACUGUUUGGGGUGUGCAUCCUGUUACAAUACCUGCAGACAGUUUGAGAUUGAGUCUAAUUUCUCACAGUAAUGAACAAAUUGAAGAAAGAAGCAACAACGACGAAAAUGGUAACUGUCAAUUACUGUUUACAACUGGAGAAGAAAAUCUUACUUGCAGGGCUGAUUAUUCAGCAAAAUUCCAAAUUGAAGUUCCAAACUCACAGACUAGCAUUUGUAACAGUGAGCCCACAUUAUCAAGCUUGCCUACUUGGCUUAGGAAUGGAAGUAGACGACUCAAUAUUGAUGAUCAGAACUGUGUCUCGAUGGGAGAAAUCUGCAGAAAAUGGAAUUCAAGAAGUGAUACAGUCCAAAGCCAACCUUUACCAUUUGGCACAACCCUAAGCUUUUCUUCUGCAUCAACACAGAACCCUAACUUGCAGCUAAGCCAUUUCCCAUUUCUCGCAUCCACGCAGCCACCGGAGAACCAGCAAUGGCUAUCUACUGCUCCUAAUUCUUCAGCUUCUUCAAGUGACAUCACGGUUAUGGAUCAGUACGUGCAGAAGUUUAAAGAAUUCACUGCUGAAAACCUAAAUAUUCUAUGCACUGGAUUGGAGAAAAAGGUCCCAAGGCAGAAAGAAAUUAUUCCUGAAAUUUCUUCAGCUAUAUUACAAUGCAGGUCUGGAAUGUUAAGAAGAAAAGACAAAAAACAAGAGACAUGGUUAUACUUCCAAGGCCUUGAUGCACAUGCUAAACAGGAAAUUGCAAGGGAAUUGGCUAAAAUAAUUUUCGGUUCGUAUUCAAACUUCACAUCAGUUAAUUUACUGAGCUGUUUUUCAUCAUCAACAAGGGAAGAUUCAAUUCAAAGACUUACUCAAGAAGUGACUAUUAAUCCUCAUCGCGUAUUUUUCGUGCAACAUAUGGAGCAUGCGGAUUAUUGUUCUAAAACCGGCAUAAAAAUGGCAAUUGAAAGGGGAAGAAUGAGAAAUGCAAAUGGUGAAGAAGUUAGUCUUUAUGAUGCCAUUAUCAUAUUGAGCUCUGACAGCAUCAGUUCAAGAACAUGUUCUUUCUCUACAAAGCAAAAGUCUGGUGAAUCAAUGCACAAAAAAGGUUGGGUUUCAUUGGAUUUGAAUAUUUGUUUUGAUGAUCAUGAUAGUACUGUUUGUGUUGAAGAUCAGUCCAUUGAUCAUGAUGUAUGGCUUCUUGAAAAUGUUGAUAGAUGCAUAGUCUUUAAUAAUCAACAAGUGUAG